AUGCAGUGCAACAUUCAUGUGCCUGAAGAGGGCCCGUCAGCGGCUGACCAUGGUGGCCAUGGUGGUGAUGUCAUCAAGACCCUAGUGUUGCUUUUGAAUACAAGCGAGAAGGGUCUAAUCAAGGUUGAUGCGGGCGAUCUGCAUCUCAUCGUUUGA